AUGGGUAUCAAGAACCUCUUCUCCAUCAUCAGAGAUGAGGCGCCGGACGCCGUGAAGGAGGGCGAGAUCAAGAACCAGUUCGGCCGCAAGGUCGCAAUUGAUGCAUCCAUGAGCAUCUACAGUUUCCUCAUCGCAGUCCGAUCCGACGGCCAGCAGCUCAUGAACGAAGACGGCCAGACCACAUCACAUCUCAUGGGAAUGUUUUACCGAACUUUGCGCAUGGUCGACAACGGUAUCAAGCCCCUCUACGUCUUCGACGGCAAGCCCCCCAAGCUCAAGUCCGGUGAGCUUGCAAAGCGAUUCCAGCGAAAGGCCGAAGCCCACGAGGGACUGGAGGAAGCCAAGGAGACUGGCACAGCCGAGGAUGUCGAAAAGUUCUCGAGAAGAACCGUGCGAGUCACCCGCGAGCACAACGAGGAGUGCCAGAGAUUGCUCAAGCUCAUGGGCAUUCCCUACAUCAUUGCCCCCACCGAAGCCGAAGCACAAUGCGCCGUCCUUGCGAGGGCCGGGAAGGUCUACGGAACGGCAAGUGAGGAUAUGGAUACCCUUUGCUUCGACAGUCCCGUUCUCCUGCGACACAUGACCUACAGUGAGCAACGCAAGGAGCCAAUUCAGGAGAUCCAUGUCGACAAGGUGCUGGAGGGACUUGGCAUGGAGCGUAAGCAGUUUGUCGACCUCUGCAUCUUGCUCGGCUGCGAUUACCUCGACCCCAUCCCUAAGAUCGGUCCGUCAACGGCCCUGAAGCUGAUCCGCGACCACGGCUCCCUGGAGAAAGUUGUUGAGUGGAUCAAGGAAAGUGGCAAGUACACCAUUCCCGACGACUGGCCCUAUGAGGAUGCUCGAGAUCUCUUCUUCGAGCCAGAUGUCCGCAAGGCCGAUGACCCCCUCUGCGACUUCAAGUGGGAGAAGCCGGACAUUGAAGGUCUCGUAACCUUCCUUGUCACCGAGAAGGGCUUCUCGGAGGAUCGUGUACGAUCUGGCGGCGCAAGAUUGGAGAAGAGCAGCAAGACAUCGCAACAGGCCCGACUUGAAGGUUUCUUCAAGGUCAUUCCAAAAACGGAGGAAGAGAAGAAGGCCCACAAGCGCAAGAUCGAAGAACAAAACGAAGCACGUAAGAAGAAGGUGAAGGAGGACAAGAAGGAGAAGGCCAAGCAGAAGGCCAAGCCCCGCGGUGCUUGA